GUCAGCCUGUCAAUAGCGGAAGUGGAGGUAGAUUGCAUCGGACGGGUGCGAUAAUAUCGCAUUUUAAUAACUUAUAAAAGAUUAAUUUGAUUUUCAGCGGCCUUUAUUUACAUCAGACACAGACGGAUACGAUUAAAUGACUUUGUAGCGGGUAUAAAACGCUGUUUAAAGGAUUUAAGCAUGCAGAGCGCAGCUUCUUCUCCUUAUGAGACCCCACAGGCGAGCGGAGAUCGGGUUGAACUGACCCAGUUGCCUACAAAGGAUCCCACAUCAGUGAACAUCACCUCUGAGCUGGGCAGCUCCAAAGCGCUGAACUUUGAUCUGUUAAACAUGGUGAUCUCCUUCAAGCGAUUGGCGAUCUACCUGGAGCCCAUCACAGACACGGUGGAGGUGCUGCGCUAUCUGCUUGGAUGGAAGAUGCCGCUGUGUUCUCUGUUGAGUUGUGUCCUGCUCAACAUCCUUUUCCUCACGCUGAGCGAAGGCAUGUGGGUCUCUCUGCUCCUGCUGGGGCUCUUGGGUCCGGCUGUGCUGGGUUACCUUGGCGACCAUUGCCAGAGUGUUGCAAGCGAGAUGACAGUACAGAAGAAGAAACACUAUGCGGUCCAGCGGCGAGACCUGCAGACGAUCCACAUGAGCAAACAGGAAGCCCUUCUGGAGGUCAAGGGCAUGCUGAAAUGCAUAGAUGACCUCUUGACCCAAGCGUGUUUGUAUGCAGAGUCUAUGUAUAAGUUUUUAUACUGGGAGAGUCAUGCAGUGUCUUCCAUGUUUUACGGUUCUCUCCUGAUUGCAGUGUGUUUACUGUAUACGGCUCCUGUGGGUUUGAGUCUGUCUGUGCUCAACAGCGCCCUCUUCCUGUGGAACAAAGACUUCUGCAGAGUUCUUUUGGAGUUAAAGGAGUUUGUUCACCCGAGUCGAGUCCAGCCUGCAGAGGAAACUGAACCGAGUGACCCGGAUCAGGGAAACCUGCAGGACCGCACGCCCACCCCGACCAGCGUGGAGGAUCUGUCGCCUGGCAACAUUGAAGAGGCAGAGGAGGCGGAGCCUGACGACGAGUUUAAAGACGCCAUAGAGGUCAGGAAAAAUUAUUCUGUCUGUCCACCUGUUGUUCUCUCUCUUUGUUUUCUCGGCAUUGUUCUGACAAGUUCUCCUACUUCUGCUGUUCGCUUACUCAAGGAGACUCAGCUGGUGAUGCGGGACGACGACGAAGUGUCUUCUGGUGUUCCUGAGUUUGACACUGUCUCUGAUAAUGGACUGUUGAGUCGAAACGAGCCCAUCCGCAGUAAAGUGUCCAAACUCACUGAGAAACUACGCAAGCGGGUUCCUUCCAACUCCACCGGAAACUGUUUCCAGUGUAAUUCAGCAUUUUCUGUUUUAAAGAAAAGGAGAAACUGCAGUAACUGUGGCGUCAGCUUCUGUUCCCGCUGUUGCUCUUAUAAAGUGUUCCGGUCCACUAUGGGAGCCACAGCACCUGAGGCCCAGAGAGAGACUGUGUUUGUGUGUGCUACGUGUAAUAUUUUUCUCAGCAGCAAGUAGGAUCUCAUCCCAAAAUGAUCCCCCACCAUUACAACUCCGUAAAAGCACCUCAGAAGCAGAAAUUGUUGGUGGGCCGCAAGAGGGUCUUGCUUUAUGCAAACUAUUCAGAGUUUUAUGCUGCCUUUGUACGUACCGCUACAUCUGGAUGUACUCAAAGAGAGUGUUUUUGGCUGCCCAAAACACCUUUGGACCCUAAACACGCCUCCUUUACGUCUGACUUGCCACCUUUUCUUUUGGAGAUGUUCAACAUUUAAUGCUUCACAAAUCUGGACUUUAUCUGUUUACUUUGACCUCAACAUGCCUAGAUAUCAGUUACUGCCAUCACUUCAUUAACGCUUAUUAUGACAUCACUUUCUAGAAUUAGAGCCCUUGAUGAGAUAUCAGGUUAAUAUCAAGGGGCGCCGCUGGUCUAUAUGAUUAUCACCACAUCAUGAGGGAUUCUAAAGAAGAUUUCAAGAACAUGUAAGUAAUGCUGGUCAUUCAUUGCACUGGACGGCAAACCCAGUGGAUCUGAGCAUUUUAAAUGGCUCCUGCUAGCUGCUUAAUUAAACCCAUGAUUGUUUCAAAGUUUAUUGUAUUGUCGGUUUUAUUUAUUUGUGAAAUUAUGCCUGAAAUGGUUAACCAGACGUGUCACUAUACUGCCGUAACUAUGAGCUUUCCUUCUCACAUCAUGUGUGUCAGUGUUAACUGAAUUAAUGAGUUAUGGCUCAUGUUUGUGUCAUUCUUUGACUUGUUGAUCUCUUUGUCUAUAAGCUGAAGCUGAAUGUAAAAUCACCGGUUAUAGAGCUGUGUGUAUGUUAAUUGUAACCCAUGCUACUGUACUCUACUAUGCAUUUGUGAUUUGUUGGGUUUUAUUCCACAGUACAACACUUUGCUCUGUUAUACUGGUUAAACUGUUACUGUAAUAAACCUUCUGAAUAGAAAA